AUGAAUUCCCUGGCGCAACAUCAUCCUACAGAACAACAAGUUAGGCAUGUGAAUCUGGAAGUGGUUGAGAACAUUUUGAGGCCCUCAGUCAGGGUUUUGUUGGAAUCCGACAUCGUCUACGAAGAGUUGAAACCACGGUUGAAGUGGGUGGACGAUGAGAUCCAAAACCUGAUUGAUCAACAAGACCUGAUUGAUCAACAAGACUUCCUGCAGCUAACCCACUCGAAAUUCAUGAAAAAGUUAUUCCAAGAUAUCAAGAAAAAUUAUCCAGUCUGGGGGCCCGAGUCACUGAGGCGAUAUGGGGGAUGCCGCAGCCGAGAGCUCCUGGUAAGUUCAUUUAUCUCUUGCUUCCAGAUUCUCCAAUCAAUUUACAAUCAUGAAUACCCCGGGAAGAAAGAAGAUUCGGAGAAUAUUUCAUGUAUCUCUGAGAAGGGAAUGAUUUUAGAGGCCGUUCACAAACUGGGAUUCCUCAUAAAUUUCUUUUGCAUAUAUGGGUCUCGGUUCUUUAAGCAUCCAGAGGGUUAUUGCGAUGAAUAUGUAAUUGAAUUGUUGGUUAUUCAACUCUGGAAACUUUUCUUUUCGUAUCUCGGCCGUAUAGUGGAUGAUGAAACAGAGGAGGAGUAUGUUACCUCCUAUAAAGUAACACGAUAUUUACUUAAGACUGUUAUUGGCACAAUCCAUGAUGUUGUCAAAUGCUAUUAUUUUGAUUGGGGAUUACUGGAUCGUCUACAACAUAAUGACACUCCCUCUGGAAUCAUCGAUGCAAAGGUUGCCGAGUUCUUCGAUUGGGUUCUUGAUAAACUGAGGAUGCAGGGGAAGCAGAUGUUGUCAUCAUCUCCCAUUUCUUUGGUCGGAGAUGAGAAAGAUCCGAUUGAGGCGAUAGUUGAGGAGCUGAGGUUCUUAAGGAACAAUCUCGUUGUCUCACUGCAAUUGUAUACUCAAGAAGUUUCUGCUGUCAGGGAAAUGGAAUCCCUUUCUGUUUCGACUUUCGCUCUAAUCUUUGAAGCAGCAUGCCGAAUUUACUCUUGUUUCUAUGCCGAGAAACAACAGGAUGCACAUGAUUCAUCAUCAUUGGAGGAGGAAGCAGGUUACCGGAGCUAUGGCCUUCUUGGUUUGCUUGAAUCCGUUGAAUCUCUCAAGAAACAAGCAAAAGAUGCAUUGGGGAAAGCCGAUGGGAGCUAUGGCCUUGUUGAACUGUUUGAGUCCGUUGACUACUUUGGCAAUUGCAAACAUUUCUAUCUGUCUUCGGUGAACAAAACACCUGGAAGCAGCAGCCCCAACCACCACAUGGAAUCUGUUGAUUCCCUCAUCGAAAAUCUUCAGGAUCUGAUCCUUCACGAUGCGCCUUCAGUUGCUCCAUUGAAAACUCAGAUGGAAGCAUUCUAUCAUGAAAUGAAAUCAAUCAGAGGAUGCCUAAUAUGUGAGAUUGUUGACGAUGAGUUGGGGAAAUCGCAGAUGGAACUUCUCAUUGCACAAGUCAGAGAAGCAGCCUGUAAUUGCAGUCUUAUCAUUGAUUCAUUUUGUGCUGGAAAGGGUUCACUAUGGUAUCACAUGUUGGGAAUGUUUGUUGUCACCAAUGAUAUUAGAGCGGCCGCCAAGGAGAUGAAAAACAUCCUCAAGGAAGAAAAUGUGCAUUGUAAUUCUUCGAUGAAUCUUGGUUCAUUAACAGCACAAAAAAGUCCUCCUGUGGACAUCAAUGCAACAGUGAUCAGCUGCAAGGAUGAGAUGGAAACCUCGAAAUUAAUUGGGGAAACCAGUAGCGAUGAUCUUGUCGGGUUGAAGGAUUCAGCUAGUGAAGUCAUUCAGAUUCUAACUCAAAAUUCGCCUCAACUGAAAAUUCUGUCCAUUGUUGGUAUGCCUGGACUCGGCAAGACUACUCUGGCAAAUUCGGUGUAUAACCAUCCUUCAAUCAGAUUUCAGUUUCGUGUUUCCGCUUGGUGCUGCGUUUCUCAAGUGUAUGAAAGAGAAACUUUAUUGGCUGACAUAUUAGGCCAAAUUGUUGGGCAAACCAAUUCAAGCAAUGAGGAGAUAUUUGGUAUGGAAACUUGCCCCCCUGAACUGAGGGCAGUCUCAAAGCGUAUUGCGAGGCAUUGUAAAGGGUUGCCUCUUCUAAUUACUGUGAUGUCUGGAAUUCUGAAAAGCAAAGAAAGAAGAAAAGAAUCUUGGGAACAAGUUGCUGAAGAAUUCGGUGGAUUGAUAUCUCUUCAUGGUCCAAUGCCAAAGCGUUCUAUUUAUUACGCACGAUCCAAUGAAGGAUCUAAGUUUGGUAAAAGUUUGGGGGUCUCAGAGGCAGUUUUCAGGGAUAAAGCCAUCAUUACUAGAGGAGGCCUUAAGAGUGCGCGGCAAUCUGAGCAGGUUAAUGCUCGACGUGGACUAGAACAGUCCAAUUAUAUUUUCCUUCUUCUGCAUGAAUCCCUUGAAGUGUUGGAUUUGGGAAAUGUUAGAGUUAAAAGCGGUGCAGAUUCUUCUGAUCUUAUUAUGAUAGCCACUUUGGUUCAUCUGAGGUACUUAUCAAUCCGGAUUCGCACAGCAGAGAUUCCAUCUGAUAUAGGGAACCUCCGGAAGUUGGAAACUUUGAUUAUAACAGGAGCAAUUGGUUAUAUUUUGUUGCCAGAGUCAGUUUGGAGUUUGUUUCGACUGAGGAACAUCCUAAUGGAUCAUUGUUUCUUUGAUUUCCAGCAUUGUAACAAAACUUUUGUUGACAAUUUCUUGCAGCAUGAUAAUCUCAAUUCUGUUUCCACUUUGUCUUUAAGGCAUGGAGAUGAUAUUGGCAAGUUGGUGUUAAGUAAGCUAACUAGCAUCAAGAAACUAGGAUGCAAAUUUUAUGCAGAGUCAUGGGAUGACUCUACAGGAUGCAGCCUGUUUCCAGCAUUGAAUUUUUUGAGUGAACUUCUAUCACUCAAAGUAAUCUUCUCGGGUAAGGUGCAGUGUCCAUAUAAAUUCAGCUUUCCAUCAAACCUGAGGAAGUUGUCGAUAUCAAACUCCCGCCUUCCAUGGGAUGAAAUUUCAGUCAUUGGGAGGCAGCUGCCCAAUCUGGAGGUUCUUAAACUACUCAACAAGGCAUUUGAGGGGCAACAAUGGGACAUGGUCGAUGGCGAAUUCCAAAAGCUAAAGUUCUUGAAACUUGAUUUCCUCGACAUUGAGGUUUGGGAUGCAUGCGCUGAGCACCUUCCCUGUCUUGAGCAACUUGUAGUGUCAAGUUGCCCACAACUUUUGGAGAUCCCUUCUUCUUUCGGAGAAAUUUCAACUCUGCAGUCAAUUGAGGUAAAAUGGUGCAGCCCUUCUGCCAUAACUUCUGUGAACCAGAUCCUGGAGUUGCAGCUUGAUCUUGGUAACCCUCAAUUUAAUGUCACUCUUGUUAGCUUGGCGUCAUGA